ACCUGAUAAUGGUAUGCUGGAAGCGUUCUGGCGACCAUUAACAAAUGUCCCAUACAAAAUGAUAACUAUUCCCUUUUGUUAGUCCCACUGUAACACUCGAAUCAUCGAUACGUUGCCAGAAAACUGUAUUUAAGUGGUAACAAUGGUGAAAAAGAUCCUAUGCUUGGUUUUUUUAAUAGUGCUGUUAGAUUUGACGUCAGGGAAGAUUGUGAAUAAAAGGAAAUGUCCCGAAGUGAGAGCAGUGCCCCAUUUCGACUUGCCGCAGAUGCUCGGAGACUGGUAUGUAGUAGAAUAUUAUGCGAGCGACGAAGAAGCUCUCUCCUAUAGUUGUAUGAGGGCUGUGUUCAGUGAAGACGAUCAUGUGCCCGCUGCAGACGGCACAGUGGAAUGGACGCCAGGAGUGACGAUGAACUUCACGUACCGCUUCGCUGAUGAUCCAGCGGGAGAGACUCUCCUCGGGAACAUCACUUGGCGAGUGGACCUCAACGAGCCUGCGCAUUGGACGCAUUCAGAGAGGACCUACGACGGCAUCUACAACACAUACGUUUUGGACACAGAAUAUAAAACAUGGGCUCUGUUACUGCAUUGCGCUGAGAAAACAGAAGCCGAGAGGUACCUGACUGCAUUCGUAUUGUCCAGAACUACAUCUUUGCCGAAGAACGUGAUGGCUUACUUGAGAGAUAAACUGCCACGAUACGACGUUGAUGUGAAAUACGUGUUCCAAAUACCGCACAAGGAUUGUUCUGAAAAGCCGGUGCUGCGAGGCUACGGGCCUAUGGUGGUAGACGUCGGGGGCAAAAUCGUGAAGAGGCCAAAUAUCAGUUACAAAGUCGGAUUCGGACAUUAAACCAUUAUACAUUGUAAUAUUUGAUAUCUUUGUUUAAUAAAGAUUUGUAAUAUUGA